AUUGAAGCUAACUUACACUAAUAGUGUAAACAAAUAAUAAAAGUUAUUGAAGUAAUAGGCGUUAAAAAUGUUUUUAAAAUAGGUAUGAUAUAUAUUUAUAUACAAGCACCAGUUAUAAUUUGUUUUAAACGAUUCUGUCAGUGUCAAAAUAAUCAUUAAAAAAAUAUCCAUGCUGUAUUUAUUAAUUGCAACCCUGUCAUUUAUAAAAUUAAUCAUAUUUAUAGAAAUCACCUGUUAACAAAACUAAUUUAAACAGUAUAGUUGAAAUGAAGGCUAAGAAAGAAUUGAGAUAUUGGAUAUUUAAAUUAUUCAGGUUUUGUUAAGGUUUCUUGUGAACAUUCAACUACUUGCAAUUCCCGUAUGGAUAGUAACGGGAUGAGAGUUGUUACUUUUUUCAAUUGUUGAAACUUCUCCUUGGUUUGGACAUUUGUCAGCUCCGGUUGCGUUGAAUGUAACCUUAGAAAUCUCUCAGUAAUGGCGGACAUUUUCCGGUAGUGCUCAAUUGUUACAUGUGGAAGACUUCUCUCGAAAGUUUUAAAUGCUGUUAAUAACAUACGUAUAAGACUGAAGAUUUAAGUGACUUUGAGCCUAAUAAUAUUAAGUAUAAUGGCAGAUCUAGACGAUUUUUUUGCCAAGAAAGAUAGGAAGAAGUCCAAAGGCAAGAAGUUUGCUACAGCAGAUGAAAUAGCGAAAAAGUUAGAGGAGACUGGGAGGCGAGCAGAAAAGCUCAAAAAAGAAAAAAAUCAGACUUCCCAACUCACUACUACAGAUGUUGACGAACAAGGGAACGCGGUUCAGGAUGAAGACGAGUGGAGGGAGUUCGAAGAGGAGAAAAAGGACUAUACGGGGUUGAAAAUACAGAAUUUAACAUUAGCAGAGUAUGACAGUGGGGAAGAAGGGAAUUCAGCAGGAGAAGGAGAAGAGGAAGGUGGGAUGGAAGAGAACGAAUCUGGAGAGCUCGUUCCUAAGAAGAAGAGUCAGGGACCAUGGCGGGUAGUAGCUAGCGCUGCCCCAGCUGAAGAAGCACCAGUUGUCGAAGAAGUUGAAAAGCCGCCACCGCAGCAACCUCCACAGCCGCAACAGACGGGAAGCUAUGUCCCUCCUGCACUGCGGGCACAAGCCAAUAAACAACCGGCUUCUUUUACCAAUUCGAGAUUGAGGCGUAAAGUUGCGCCUGAUGUGAAGAGUGAAGAGCUCUUUCCUACUUUGUCGGCUGCUGUUACUCAUGAGCCUGCAUCGUCUAACCCUUGGAACAAGAGGAAAGGGGGCAAGGAUGAUACUAAUGUAGUCGGUGGUGGCUUUGAAGAAGUCAGAAACUCAAAGUCGCACACAGCUCGAUACGAAGCUCCGCACUUACAAGCUAAAUCGUUAGCCCUCGGAAACAAGUAUGGUGCUCUCAACUCUGAGCAGAGUUAACACUUCUGCCUUGUCGACUUCAUUAUCCUUUAAAAGUCUAGACGUACAUAAAUGUAUAUUUUCAAAGUUUUAUGGUUUUUGUUAUGUUCUUUUUCAUCCCUUCAUAUCGAUUCUUCUGUGUCUUCCUUUUAAUGCCCAACUGUCAUCUUGUACACAGGUAUAUAAGUGUAAAAUGAUUUCUAUAUAUAUAUGUGUAUAACAGGUUCAGCUAGUAGGAAAAUUAAUUUUCAUAAAGAAAAAUGUCUACCACUGAAGCUUUCUUUUAUUGGUCAUCUGAUUAUUAAGCAUAAAAAGAAAAAAAUAUCAGUUUUAAGCUUCCGUGAGGGUUUUCAUUUUUCCUGGUUUUAUUGUUAAUUUGCAGCCUGUUAAAUCCAUCCAUUCACAUUAAGCUGUAUAAAAUAUUGGAUUUAUUUUAAUUAGGUUUUGUGUUCUCGGUCAGUGAAACCUGCUCUCCGUUUAACGGUCGUCUGAGACAAACAAUUAUGACUAUUUUUCUUGUCUGUGUCUUAAUGUCCCUAAAGUAAGUAAUAGAAAUCGCUUUAAGGAGAGGGAAGUGGGUUGCGGUCGAGAUUGUUAAUGUUAAAUAUAUAUGUAUAAUACUACAUUUACUUUGUGCAUGAUGGAUAUCGUGUAUAUUAUAGCUAUAUAUGCAUAUAAUGGUAAUCUUAAGGCUAGUUUAUAGGCAGUUAUAAAAUUAAAAGAGUCAAAAUUAUUUUCUUUAUUUUUGGAUAAAGGUUUUAAUUUUAAUGGUAGGUGUUUUUAACAAUAUUAUCUUUUCAAUAAGACAACUGAAAGAUAUUGUCUUGGACCAUCGUCGAGGAACUGCAACAGUUCCUUGGCGCGUACUGUAAUUAGAUGAUAGUACUACUUGAGCGCCAGUGUCGUGUUUCGUCUUACCAAUUGAGUAUGAUUGAUGCGUUGCAACUUUAUUUGUCUUGUCUCUUAUUUAUCUUGUUCUGAUACAUUGUAGUAUUUGUAAAUAUAACAUUAUUCAAAUAUGAGGUUACAAAUACAAAUGUUGUAGUUAAAAGAAUAUUAUUUAUUUUUUUCAUUGUUAUUCUAAUAUUAAUUAAAAAGAUGGAUGUUAACAAUUUUUUACUUUUACUCGAAUGCAUUUGUAAUUUUUUUUUUUUUUCAUUUUAUGUAAGUAGUUUUAUGUGGUUACAAAGUAAAUUUUCUUUAUUUUAUUAGAGACUUUCUGUACUCUGGUGAAACAAAGUAAGAUUUAUGUUGUUUUUAUAUGUUUUACGUUAUCCUGCUUGAUGUACUAUUCAUAUUGGCGAAUAACAUUAAUAAAUAAGGCAGAUUUAAAUCAUUAAUUUUAAAUUAAAGGCAAUGAUGGUGACUACAUUAUAUAUUCUGUAUAUUAUAUUAUAUUAUGUUUUUUUGUUUUUUAUAUUGUGUAUAUUUAUUUAUAUCUGUCCAAAAAAGUUAUUUUCAGAACUUAAAAAUUAUUAAUUUUUUAAUAAGAGGCAUUUGGAUAAAAAAAAAAGACCAGUACAAUUUGUAAAAUAUUUUAAAAGAGAAGAAAAAAAAAAUCAAAUUAUAGUAAAAAAGUUUAAAACUUGACAUAUUUUUUCCACUAUAAUUAAUAAAGAGUUGUUGGGUUGUA